GUCGCGCCCGGGUGCUGCUCUCGUUCGCGUGCACGCGCACAGGUUCGCUUUGCAUCUCGUCAAAACAAAGCGGGGGCGAGCCAUUGAGCGCGGCGGCUGCUUCAUGAAUGAGUCCCCCUCUACCGCACAGCAGGUCGGAUCCUUCCUCCGCCUGCACCCCGAUGCCCGUUUGGCUGCGCAGACCUCCGGGCAGCAGUAGAGGAGCUAGCCGCCGAUGAGCCCGGGACAGUAAACACUUCGCAGCAGAGCCGCGUGCCCGUUUCAUCCCAUCGGGACCGAACCAAAGGAUCAGGCGCGAUGCUUGAUGGACUCCGGCGGAGGCACGCCUCCCGGCCCUCCUCCCGACCCCUGUCACUCAACUUCAGCACCUUCUCUGCCCCUCCCCCAAGCCCAGACAUGGACAGCAGCACUGAGCAUCCAAUCAGAAGGACUUUGCACCGGCUGAAGUUGAUGAGCUCCCCCAGCCUCAGCGAGCUGGGGAAGAGCGAGAAAGGUUCACCGGAGGACCGAGGAGAGAAGCAGAAGAGGGCGGGAGCCAACGCCACCUGGAACGGUAUCCACAACGCCGUCAUAGCAGUGUUCCAGAAGAAAGGUUUGGCACACAACGAACUCUUCGUCCUCAACGAAGGUGUCCGGCAUCUGUUGAAGACUGAGCUGGGCUUCUUCUUCACCGAGUACCUUCAGAACCAGCUGCUCACAAAGGGCAUGGUCAUCCUUCGGGACAAAAUAAGGUUCUACGAAGGUCAGAAGUUACUUGACUCCCUGGCAGAGACCUGGGACUUCUUCUUCUGUGAUGUUCUCUCGAUGCUGCAGGCCAUCUUCCACCCGGUUCAGGGUAAGGAGCCCUCUGUUCGACAGCUGGCUCUGCUUCACUUUCGGAACACCAUCGUCCUGAGUGUGAAGUUAGAGGACGCCCUGUCUCGGCCUCGGGCCCGUGUGCCGCCCUCUGUCACACAGAUGCUGCUUAUUCUACAGGGGGUCCAUGAGUCACGCGGCGUCAACGAGGACUACCUGAGGCUUGAGUCCCUAAUUCAGAAGGUGGUCUCACCCUACCUGGGCACACACGGGCUUUACUCUGAAGACGGUGCUGAGGCCCAUUGUUGUGUUCUGGAGAAGCGUUUACCGUGGGGCUGGUCCAAGUCUGCCGAUCAACCUUCUAAAAACCCUGUGGUACGAUCGAAAAGCUACAAUAUCCCUCUGCUGCUGACCCCUGUGGCUGAGUAUGACCCGGAUGCCGGCUCCGUUGGCAGCGGAGGAAUUCGGCGCCACUCGGCCUGUGAGAUUAUAACGUGCCUGGAAGAUCAAGGACUGGCCCACGCUGACUUGGCCUCGGGAUCUGAACUGUCUGGCCCCUCCUCCAACAGGCUGCGUGUGGGCUCUCACUUCAACGGUAUUGUCCAAGCGGGCGCUUGUGCCAUGGCCAUGCCUCUUUCGUCUCCUUCUAUCCUGACCCUUCAUUCCUCAGGAGCGCUGCACGGCACUGAGGCCACAACAACAAUGACUGAUCUCAGUAAGGGAGCGUCCUCCACGCCGCCCAGUGAAUCAUCCAGCCCUGAAACCAUAAUUGGACAAGUGCUCGAGUCUGCCGACUCAGACUCGGAUGGGAUAUUUAUUGAUUUUCCACCUCACUCCUCGGAGGCUAUGGGGUACUGCCGCGAGAGCAGACAGAGCACCGUGUAGCUGUGGGGGCCCGUAUAAAAGCUACAUAUCAUUAAAUUCAUCUUCCUUUCUUACAACACGUCAACUUUUUUUUGAAAAAUAUAUUUGGUCCAAUAACAUACAAAGCAAAUCCUAGUGUAAUAAUAUAAUAAGGACUAAAAUGUUUAACCAAGUUUUCAACUUGAGGAAAAUGUCGUUGUGAGUUUAGCCAGGCUUUUUAUCCUGAGUUUUCAAAUGUUUUCAUAACUUCAAAUCGGUCAGAUUAUAUUCUUUAUGGAUAAAUCUGGUAUUAUUGUAUAUUUCUCUUAUUGACAAAGAAAUCCUUUUGAGAACACCAAAAUCAACAAAUAAUUAAGUUUAGCCUCCGUAGCCAAAGCAUGACUUAUCUUUCCACUGCCACAAAACUCAGUUUUUGUCCUAAAUCUAAUAAUAACACAUCCAAAAACCUACCACUCGUGUUCCUUCACUUGGAUAAACGAAGCCACUGUAGUUUAUUUUGACUCAAUGCGACAUUCACACCGAUGGUUCGUGAAAUACGAAAAGAUGUCCCCAACAAAUGCACUAUUUAUUUGUGCUAAAAAGUACAGUACCAAAGAAUGAUUCUGCUUUCAUGAAUAUGAAAUGAUUUAUUUGUAACCCAUUUUUAGAGAUGCAUGUCUUUAGUAGAAAUAAACUGGCUUGGGGCCGAGUUUCACAGACACGCUGGGGAAGUCAGAAAGUGUUGAGGGAUGGACUAACCCAUUGGUGGUUUUGGUCUUUUCAUGAGAUUUGUUGGCAAUAUCAAAAAUAUACAAUAUCGUCAACAUUAUCCUUCAGUCCACAUAGGAACAUGUUAAUCCUUCAAAAUAUUUGAGUUAGGAGAUUUUCAAACAGUACCAGUUGUGUUUACCUCUACUGAGGAGUUGGCUGUUAACAGCCACUAUCCAUCUGGAAAAAAGACAGAAACUUUCAUUUUUGCUCAUGGAUUUCUUUUUGUAUUUGCGUAUUUUGAACCUCAUAACAGUUUUAUAUUUCAUGGUUAUGUUUUGUUGUCUGCCUCUUGGCAGUAAUAAGGCCUUCUGCUCUCUCUCUCUUUUGUGCGAUAUCUUAUGAACAUGUGGACUGUUGAAUUGUUUUUUAUUGUCAGCGGGUGUCAUAGAGGUUUAAUGCAAACAUCAGUGGGAUAGCAUUUGCUUUUGUGUUUUAGCUCUGUACAGCAGGACUCUGAGGAAUGACUAUGUUUAUUGUUUACAUUUGAUAAAGACAUGAACAUUUUUUUAACUGAAUGUCGUCUCACACACUGUAUUUUGCACCACCACUACCGUGUAAAUAAAAAUGUGUUGCUGGCUUUUAGGACAGCUAAAUGGUGUAAAGUGAGCGUUUACAUUUAAAUGAAUUGACAUUUUAAUAAGGGCUUUUUAACUGAAUCUUUUUAAAACAAUGUUUUACCUCAAGCAUUUUGUACUUUACUUUUUUGACAAUCUAUAAUGUCUACGGAGUUGUAUUUGUAUUAAUUUGUUAUACCAGCCCACUAAAAAAUAAAUAAAUUUGAAUAGUA